UUUAAUCAAAAUAACAAUUAUCUUCUAAGAUAUUAAAAAUCAUGACAAGUAAUUCGAGAUGGAGUAAAAUUGGAUAAUUUUGCCUUGCACCGCACGUGGACACGAAUAAAGUGCAUGUAAUAUAGGAGCCAUAUCCCGAGAUUUCCCUAACAGUUUUCGUUUAUACACGUGUGUAUUCAAGUUGAAAAUCGUAUGUAGGAUGGAUUCUCACACAAAGAAGCAAACUCGGCAUUAACUCAAGUGGUUGCUGGGAACCAGGAGAUCACUCUCCUUUACUGUCUUAUAGUUUCUUCACUUCGUUAUCAUUAACUCUUCCCUUAAAAACAUGGGGAGAAAGAAAAGAGAACACACCAAAGAUUGUGAAAACUUUCUUUCUCUGUAUAUAUAUACACGCAGAUUUUGUCUACAAGAAAAAAUAAUUGAGAGAGAAAUUAGUUAGAGAAGGAUAUGAAGAUCAUGGAGGAGAUAAAGAAAAAGAUGAAGAGAUCAAAUGUAUUGAUAGGAAUGUUAACAGUUCAAGUGAUAGCAACUGGAUUACAACUUCUUUCAAAAGUGAUAUUAAGUCAUGGGACCUUUGUUUUCGCACUCAUGAGUUACCGUCAUGUUGUUGCAACUCUCUGCAUAGCUCCUUUUGCUUUAAUUUGGGAAAGAGAGAGCUUGAAGAAAGUAACAUGGUCGAUAUUUUUCUGGUUGUUCAUGAUCGCGUUAACCGGGAUCAUCAUGGCUAUGGGACUUUUCUAUUAUGGCCUCAAAGACACAACUGCGACAUAUGCAACUAACUUCCUCAAUCUAAUUCCAAUAGUGACCUUUAUCCUCUCAACUGUGUUACGUGUGGAAAAGCUAAGAUUGAAGACGAAGGCUGGUAAAGUUAAACUUUUAGGUGCAAUGUUAUGCUUGGCUGGAGCAUUGACGAUUACUCUUUAUAAAGGGAAAGUUUUCCAUGUCAGUCAUCACGACAAGCAUCAAAAUAGUUCCAAGGAUCAUGCAAAUAUGCUUCGUGGGACUAUAUUUUUGAUGUGUAGCUGUAUGUCCUACGGUUGUUGGUUCCUUAUACAGGCCAAGGUGUCCAAAGUGUUCCCGUACAAAUAUUCUGCAACAUUUAUUAUAUGCAUGAUUGCAACUAUCCAAAGUGCGAUUGUUGGAGUAUGCAUAGAUAGAAGGAAGGCCUCUUGGAAGCUGGGGCUCAAUUUGCAGCUAAUUACUAUCUUUUACUCGGGAGCAUUGGCAACGGCAGCAACAUUCUGCCUCAUAUCAUGGGCAGUUGAAAGAAGAGGACCAACUUACCCCUCUAUGUUCAAUCCUCUUUCUUUGAUUUUUGUAGCUAUAGCAGAAGCUGUCUUCCUUGGUCAAGAGACCAGUAUCGGAAGCUUGCUUGGCAUGUUUCUGAUCAUAGUGGGAUUGUACUCGUUCCUGCGGGCAAAAAGCAAGGAGCUCACACAAAUUGGAUCGUCAAAUGCAGGGGAUACUGAAGCACCACCACCUGAAAAUGAAGUAACGGUCCAUCCUAGCCCUACGAGUAACAUGGAAUUGCCAAUUUUAGCACACGAAAGUGCUAGAUUUCAAUCAAAAGCAAUAGAAGUUGCUAUUCCACCAAUUCAAACACAAGAAGAAAAGGAGUGUCUAUGAUGGUCGAAUUUUGUUUCCUAGGUUGCAAGGCCAGAAGGUAACAAUAUGUGCAGCAAGAAAAACUUAAUAUUAACAGAAUAGAACAGAUAGCACUAAAAAAACAAUUAAACAUUUGCUGAUGGUGAUGCUGCAAUUUCUUCUAAAAAUAGGACCAGUUUUGUCGAAGACACAAACGACUUAGUUGACUCUGUCCCUUUGAUAGUUGAAGAGCCUCUUAACUCUCAGGUGUUUAUAUAUAUAGUAGCCCUAAAUUAAAGAAGAAAUUAAAAGCUAUUAAAUCUAGAGAGUCGACUUGAUUCGGACUUGCGUCCUACUAUGUACCCCGUCAAAAUUCUUUUACUUAAUUUUGUUCUAAUGAAACUUAACUUUGUCAAAUGACGACAUUAUUAAGACACUGAUUGAUUAAUUAGUUAAA